GUUGCCAGUGUUAUUGCGCCAUUCAAGUGAUAUCAAGUGGAACAUUUUCGAUGCGUCGUAGCAAAACAUCGAUAUUUUCAAUGCAUCGAUAUUUUUGCGACAAUCCUAAAUACAACUAUUUCGGUACGUUGAAUAAAAAUUUAAUUAACGAAAAGUGUUCUUUUCCGCAAAUGACUGAGUUAGUUCGAGGAGAAGCGUCCGAAUCGGAUGAAGAAACCCAUAUAAAAAGAAACAAUAUAUUCGCUUCUGAAGUUCCUGGCGAAGCCACCGAGUCGGAUGAAGAUCUAUACGAAAAGAUUGGAGCGGAGUUAUCCAGUGAACAUAUUACAGAACUUCGAUAUAAAAACAGUUUGCUGCAACGAAAAUUAAGUGCGUAAAUCCGGAAACGGGGUUCACAAGAAGUCGUUUGUGUCAUAGGGAAUUUACAUGAGGCGAUUUUUCAGGCAACCUUUAGUUGAAAACAACAAUCGCCUGGUGUAAACGGGCUUUC